AUGGCAACAAAGAGAAAAUUGAAUAUUGGGAGUCGUAGGUCAAAAGACUCAAACCUUAUCUCAUGCCAAGGAAGUAAUGCUGAAGAAACUCAUCCAACCUCAUCUCAUGCCCAAGGGAGUAAUGCUGAAGAAACAAGGUCCAAUCCAAGUCAUGUGGAAGUUGGCAUACAUGAGUCUAGAGAUUCCUACUCUAUUCCUUCUGAUGUAGAAGCAGAAGAAGACCUACAAAUUAAUAAAGAUGUUCAUCCUAAAAAAAAAAGGCCCAACAAGAAUGUUAGAUGUAUGGACACUGACAGUUGCAUAAUUGUUAAUUUGGACAAGUAUGGUCGACUCAUUAGUCCCAAAGGUAUGACUCUUACACGUUUCAUAGCAAGUUUGGUUCGAAAUAAACAUUAUGCUUCCAUUAAAUACAAGUCUUGGAAAGAUAUGCUUGACAAGGAAAAAGAUGUCAUGUUGGAACAAAUAGAGACUACAUUUGAGUUCAAUCCUCCUAUGAAUGACACUACAAGACAAAUGUUGAAAUUUGAGAUGAAUAUUAAAUGGAAACAAUGGAAGUGUGAUUUAAAAUCAAUGGAAUUUGACCCAGGUAAGACGGAAGAAGAAGUUGCAUCCUUUGUACCAAAUCUUCGAGUUGACCCAGAUCAAUAUUGCAAAUUGGUUCAUCAUUGGUUUUCUGACAAAGCACAAAAAAAAAAAAAGGCUAAAGGAGUGUCGCCCACACACAAAGAGAUUUACAUUGAUUCUCGUACUCGUAAAGAUGGUUCUGUUGUUAAUGAAAAGGCUGAAAGAUUUAUUGAAAAACUAAACAAACAUAAUAAUGAGGCUGAAACUUCUCAAUCGGUCCAAAAGAUACAAAGUCAUAUGCCUUGGAAGGAUGACAUUUACUCCCAAGUAAAAGGAUCUGAAAAGAGGGGACAUAAGCGUUGUAUAGGCAAUAUUCCGAAACCUAAAAAAUCAAAAGCUUUUUGUCCGAAAAUCAAGAGUUUAGGGAUGAACUUAAGAAAAUGCGAGAAAGACAAGAGAGGACAAAUGUGUGUAUGGAAAAUAUGA